UUUUGUGUGUUUUGAGUUUUGCCUUUUGGUGCUUCAUUCACUUUGCGAAAUUUGAUAAUGGAUUACAAUGUCGAGUUUACUUUACAUCAACUUCAAACCUGCUGCCGAUGGAGACCAUUGCUCGCCAUCAACGUCUCGCAGUCAGCGACGUGGUGAUUUGGACGAUGUAUCAUUCACUGGUGAUGAAGCUAAGAAUUUCUACGAGAAUCUUACAAGCUCCUCAACCACAGCAGAAGCAUCAACGGUGAACGAUGGCUGCGACGCUGUUUUCCAACGUGCCUUGAAGUCAGAGGAGUGCAGUAAACUUUCUCGGAGAGCAAAGCGGCGAGCUCGUGCUGCGUCCAUCAGCUUGGAGGAGAUUUUCAAAGCUUGCCAGAACGGUGACACGGCGGCAGUGAAUCGUAUACUGUGUGACGAUCGCCUGAAAGUGGCUGCAUACGGUGUGCUGCUGCGCCGCGAUGCGUUUGGCUGGACUCCCCUGAUGUCGGCCAGCUGCUCAGGCAAUGUAGAGAUUGUCCGCACACUCCUGCAGUGUCAUAACAUGUACAUUGAGUCACAAGUGCAAACCCCACACGUACACACCACUGGUACAGGGAGUAGUGGGUACAGUGUCACUAACGCAAGCAACGCGGAUCUUCACUGGUGGAACGUUGCAGACAAGAAAGGACGAACUGCACGCCAUCUAGCAGCACAGUCCCAGCAUGCCGACGUGGUAUCAUUGCUGGAUGCACACCGGCGUGAAAUGGAGACUUCUCCACGAUGCACCGUGUCCACAGGAGGACACAGUGAUGAUACGGAGCAGGCUCAGCAUGCUAACUCGGACGCAGAGCGCAUCGUGCAGUGCGACCUGUGUAAGCUGGAGUUCGCGUACGGCGAGCAGGAGAGUCACCUGGCAUCGACGGUGCACCGCCUCAACGUGCACGAGCACGGCGACGAGCGACCACCGACGUUCUACGAGAUUCCCGCUCACAACCGCGGCUAUCGGCUGUUGGUGCGCAACGGCUGGCAGCCGCAACGUGGCCUGGGUCCACACGAGGACGGACGUAAGCUGCCUGUGAGCACAGCACUGAAACGUAGCCGUGCAGGACUGGGUCAGAAAGCUCCCCGCGAAGAAACUGUCCGCCGGAUCACGCAUUUCAAAGCUAACGAGUUGGAUGAGACCAGGCUCGAUCGUAGCAAGCCACCGAAGCUGAGAAAGACGAAGGCGGAGAGGGCACGGGAUGCCGAGCGGGUACGCCGUCGUGAAAUUGCACUGCGACGGGAGCUGAGCUUGAACUCGAUACAAUGAGAUGUGUGCAUACGUGAGAUGAUGAAUGAGUGUGUGUUGACUCGCAACUGACUCUGCAGCAGCUGCUGUUCAUAUUCACAUGCACAGUGAGAGGAAGAAGGAGAAACAGAGACAGGGAGAGAGACAGAGAGAGAGAGAGAGAGAGACAGAGAGAGAGAGAGAGAGACAGAGAGAGUCAGAGAGAGACAGAGAGAGAGAGAGAGAGAGAGAGAGAGAGAGAGAGAGAGAGAGAGAGAGAGAGAGAGAGAGAGAGAGAGAGAGAGAGAGAGAGAGAGAGAGAGUAUGUAUGUGUGUGUGUGUAUGGGCAGGUGUCCGGGGGUUUAUCCGUUACCGUGUGGAUGUUCGUGCAUAUCUGUAUAUGUCUGCACAUGUAUGCUUCAUCAGUGUGUGUAUGUGUGUGUGUGUGUGUGUGUGUGUGUGUGUGUGUGUGUGUGUGUGUGUGUGUGUGUGUGUGUGUGUUUGUUUGGUCACUCUGGUCUAUGUGUGCGUGUGUGUGUGUGUGUGUACACACACUCGUCUGUGCGUGUGUUUGUUUGUGUGUGUCAUCAUGUGCCCCCCCCCCCCCCACACACACACUUCUGCGAGUACGUCCAUGUAUAUUUGUCUGUCUUGUCUUCUUUGUCUGUCUUUACAUACAUGCGCUUAGCUGUGAGAGUUUAUCUUGACGUUUUCUGGCUCAUCUGCUCACUGUCACUGUCUGUCCCACCCACCUGUGUUUUCUGCUGAACAACGUUAUCCUGUUACAUAUUAUUGAGUGGCUGUUUUGCUGACAUACCCAACCCCAUACCCCCGCCGAUUUGCAGACAUCCCCCUGCCUACGCUACUCCGCUGACGUCCCCCAUGCCUCUAUGCCUCUCUAUCCUUGAACCCGCUAUAGAAGUGUUCAGCCAUCUUUCUUGAAUUAUGAACGCUCCUCUUUAAGAGCUGGUCUCUAGAGGUGUGUAUCAGUGACAAUGUCAUGAUGUUUGUCUUUCUUAUCAUAAAUCGCAGAAAGGUGUCUAUGCUGACCUAUUUUAAGUCUUAUCACUCCGCUCUUGGUGGCUAUAAAUGAAUAAUAUUUUUGUUUCUCUGCCACGCUUGCCGAGAGCAAACUGUUCUGCAAUUGGAAGAUGUUUUAACUAUGUUGCAAUA